AUGAGGGAAUGCAUUUCAGUUCACAUUGGUCAGGCCGGAAUUCAGGUCGGAAAUGCCUGCUGGGAACUUUACUGCCUUGAGCACGGAAUUCAGCCUGAUGGGCAAAUGCCAAGUGACAAGACGGUGGGAGGAGGAGAUGACGCAUUCAACACCUUCUUCAGUGAAACAGGAGCAGGGAAACAUGUCCCUCGUGCUGUUUUUGUGGAUCUUGAACCCACUGUCAUUGAUGAAGUCCGGACUGGAACUUAUCGCCAGCUCUUCCAUCCUGAACAACUCAUCAAUGGCAAGGAAGAUGCUGCCAACAAUUUCGCCCGUGGCCAUUAUACCAUUGGGAAAGAAAUUGUUGAUCUCUGCUUGGACCGGAUUCGGAAGCUUGCUGAUAACUGUACUGGUCUUCAAGGCUUCCUAGUCUUCAACGCUGUUGGUGGUGGCACUGGUUCUGGUCUUGGAUCACUCCUGUUGGAGCGGCUGUCUGUUGAUUAUGGCAAGAAAUCCAAGCUUGGCUUUACCAUUUACCCUUCUCCACAGGUCUCAACCUCGGUUGUGGAGCCUUAUAACAGUGUUCUCUCAACUCAUUCCCUUCUUGAGCACACUGAUGUUGCUGUGCUUCUUGACAAUGAGGCCAUUUAUGACAUCUGUAGGCGCUCGCUCGACAUCGAGCGCCCUACAUACACCAAUCUCAACCGCCUGAUUUCUCAGGUCAUUUCCUCGCUUACUGCAUCGUUAAGGUUCGAUGGUGCCUUGAAUGUCGAUGUGACUGAAUUCCAGACCAACCUUGUGCCUUAUCCGAGGAUACAUUUCAUGCUUUCCUCGUAUGCUCCUGUAAUCUCAGCAGAGAAAGCUUACCAUGAGCAACUUACUGUCGCGGAGAUCACCAACAGCGCAUUUGAGCCGUCUUCGAUGAUGGCUAAAUGCGACCCUCGUCAUGGUAAGUACAUGGCUUGCUGCCUGAUGUUCAGGGGCGACGUCGUGCCUAAAGACGUGAAUGCGGCUGUGGCAACGAUCAAGACCAAGAGAACCAUCCAGUUUGUCGACUGGUGCCCGACUGGGUUCAAGUGCGGUAUUAACUACCAGCCGCCAACUGCUGUUCCUCACGGCGACCUAGCCAAGGUGCAGAGGGCUGUUUGUAUGAUAUCGAACUCGACUGCUGUCGCUGAAGUGUUCUCCAGGAUUGAUAUCAAGUUUGAUUUGAUGUACUCCAAGCGCGCGUUCGUGCAUUGGUAUGUUGGUGAGGGUAUGGAGGAAGGCGAAUUCAGCGAAGCUCGUGAGGAUCUUGCUGCAUUGGAGAAGGAUUAUGAGGAGGUUGGUGCUGAAUCUCCAGAAGGAGAUGAAUAUGAUCAUGAGGAUGAGUGA